AAACGGAAACAAAACUGAGCUUAAGGAAUGCGGUUUCCGGCGAUUACCUAGGGUGUUUAUCGGUGGUGGUAAGCUGAACGUGGUCAUGGCGCACGGUUGCUCCGGCGACGAGCUCAGGUGAGCUUUCUCCCUUCUUCUCCUUCUUCUCUCUCUCUUUCUCUCUCUCUCUCUUUCUCAAGCUUUAAAGAAGAUGGAGAUGGUGGGGAAGAAGGUGGAGAUGGUGGAGAAGAAGGUGGAAGUGGUGGGGUUGGAGAAAGAAGUGGAGAUGGUGGGAGUGGUGGGUCAUUACAAUAACUUGGACUAAACAACUUGACCUAAAGCGUUCUACUAGAACUCCCCUGUAAUGGUUAAACUAUAACCAAUAAAAUCUCAAAGUAAACUCUGAGAAAUUCUAAACUAUAGAAAAUCUCUAACAAAAAUAACCCAUGUGAAAUCAUAAACCCUUAGCAUUACUAAAACCCUCGUAUUCUCUUGCACUCACCCGACUAAAACCAAGAAAUAAUCAGACAAAUAAAAAAAACCAAAAAAAAAGAAAAAAAACCACUGGAAUAUAAAACUAAAAUCCAACAAACCCCACGUGAACACAAACUCAAACUUAUGUUGCUUCACCUCAUCAUCAUCUGGAUCGUCUUCGGCACCAUCAUCUCUUUCAUCGUCAACACCACCGAUGAUAAGCAUGAUCAAAAGCUUAAAACUUGCGGAAGCUUUAUUUUAGAUCCCUAAGAAUCGAAUGCUCUGAUACCAUGUAAAGUAGAAUAGAAUAUGAUUAUUAUUGUGUUGUGUUUAAUAAGAGAAUACAAUAUGCAUAUAUAUAUAUAUAGUGGUAACAUUAACAUAAUGUUAACACUAGAUAAUGAUAAUUUUCCUAAACACUUAAUGUAAAUAUGCUAGAAUAUAUUGAAAGUAACUUGCUCUUCAAGUCUUUCCUUUUAGUCUUGAAGGUCUUCAUGGGUUUCACGGGCUUCAGAGUCACGGCCCACGUAUCUCUAAUAUGAAGGCAAGAGGGAAGGUGAUUGGCUGGGCCCCACAAGCGGCCGUGCUGGAGAAGCCGGCGGUCGGAGGUUUCAUCUCUCACGGCGGGUGGAACUCGACGCUGGAGAGUCUGUGGUUCGGAGUUCCCACGGCCAUUUGGCCUCUUUACGCUGAACAGAAGUUCAACACCUUUGAGAUGGUAGAGGAGCUUGGAUUGUCGGUGGAGAUCAGGAAGUACUGGCGAGGAGAUCUUUUGUUGGGGAGGACGGAGAUGGAACUCGUUACGGCCGAGGAAAUUGAGAGAGGGAUAAGGGUUCUGAUGGAGCAGGGUAGUGACGUGAGGAAGAGAGUGAAGGAGAUCAGCGAGAAAUGCACUGUCGCCUUGAUGGACGGUGGAUCGUCACGCAUUGCUUUACGAAAGUUUCUUCAAGACGUAGCGGAUAAUAUCGCUUAGCUGGAAAAACAUGACAUGUAUUUUCAAGUUAGUGUAUUCUAAAAGAACAUGGAAGACUUUGAGGUUUUGUGUUCUAAAAGGUUGUUCCCAAGACGUUAGUUUGUGACUUUGGGUUGCAAUAUAAAGGUAGUCCUGUAACACCAAAGUAAUUUUAUCGGUUUCUAUGCUUCA